AAUCUUUCUCAAAUUUCUUAUCUUUUGAUGUCUGGAUUGCUGUUUCUUUAAGUCAAAUUAAUAACAUUCCAAUUCUUGCAAUAAAGGCCUUUCUACUCAAUCUUAACUCUCUAAUUUUCUCCCCUUCCUCUCUUCAGAGUUGGCACUGCAGUUCACUGAGUUUCACCUCAAGAUCCAAUCUUUAGCGACAUUGAUGUCUAAAGAAUUGUGGGUCUCUCUCAGAUCACUGGUAAUUAAACCCUAAACCUAUCUUUCUUUCUCCUCAUCUGCAGUUCUGUUCCAUUCUCUCUCCUCAAGCCCAAGAGGCCAAGAUCCACACUUUUCUUGUUAACUUAGUCUCUGGGCAAAGAGGGGUCGUUUUCAUACCAUUGGUGAGUGCUUUGCUUUCACAUCUGCUGAAUUCUGCUGCUUCAGUUUCAAUUUCAGAGCAUGACUUGUUUUGCUUCUUGAUUUGAAGGUUAACUGCGGAUUUUAGUAGUUUUAUGAGUGAAAUUUGAGUGUGUUGGGAAAUUCAGGGCUUUGGUUCAAUGAAAGAAUUGAAUCCAACAGAUCCCAUUGGGCAAAACGUAAUAAAGCUAAUAAGCAAUGUGUGUUUCUCAGUGUUUGUGUCCUCAGUCUUACUAUUUACAGUCAUUGCUAUUACAUAUCAACCCCCUGAUCCCUGGGAGUCUGCUAGAGCUCUAACUAAGGUUUUCAUGGAGGUCGAGAAUGCCACGUUUCAGACCGAUACAUCGGUCCUGAAAACCGGUGAGGAUAUUGGUAUUACACCGGCGGCAAGUCCAGUGGGAUCAGUGGCACCUAUUACCGAAUCUACGAUAGAGAAGUCAGAGGAGGAGAUCAUGAAAAAUGUGACAUUGAAGUCAGGUUGUGGGGAUUCGUCUGUGGUGAAUUGUUCGGAUCCUAGAGUUUUAAUCGCGAUCCAGAGGUUUAAUCUGAGGACGUUUAAGGCGAUUGCGUUCUUGGAUUAUCAAGCCCCGGUUAAUGGAUCAAAGCCGGAUGAGUGUGAUGUGUCCUGGAGGUUUAGGAACAAGAAAGAGAAGUCUUGGCGGAGGUAUAGGGAUUUCCGUCGGUUUAAGAUGGGGUUCAAGGAUGAUUGUAGUUACAAGGUGGUCCGUCCGGGGCGUUGGCACUCGGGUUUAAAUGCUCGUCGUCCAAGGAACAGAGUCAAUGCCACUGGAAAUGGUCCGAGAGCAAAAGUCGCUCCUCCCGUUCGAGAUGAUGAGAUCAAUGAUACGAUCCCAGUGUUGGGGUCGGACUCGGCUUUUAGGAAGGGGAAGUACUUGUACUACUCGAGAGGAGGUGAUUAUUGCAAAGGGAUGAACCACUACCUUUGGAGCUUCUUGUGUGCUCUUGGUGAGGCCCGGUAUUUGAACCGGACAUUUGUAAUGGAUUUGAGCAUCUGUAUGGCGUCUACUUACACGAAGAGCAAUAAGGACGAGGAAGGAAAAGAUUUUAGGUUCUAUUUUGAUUUUGAGCAUUUGAAAGAGGCUUCUUCAAUCGUGGAGGAAGGUGAGUUUAUCAGAGAUUGGAAAAAAUGGGAUAAGACUCAUAAGGCGAAAAUUCCAGUUAGAAAGGUAGCAAGCUAUAAGGUGACGCCGAUGCAGCUAAGGAAAGAUAAAAGCACAAUUAUAUGGCGACAAUUCGAUGCUCCUGAGCCGGAAAACUAUUGGUAUAGGGUCUGUGAAGGUCCGGCUGCUAAAUAUAUUGAGAGGCCAUGGACAGCAGUUUGGAAGUCAAAGAGAUUAAUGAAUAUCGUAUCAGAGAUUAGUGGGAGCAUGGACUGGGAUUUCGACGCCAUCCACGUUGUCCGGGGCACGAAAGCACUGAACAAGCAGCUGUGGCCGCAUUUGGAUGCCGACACGUCUCCAGAAGCCAUUGUCGCUAAGCUUCAAGGAACGAUAGCACCAUGGAGGAACUUGUACAUUGCCACAAACGAGCCCUUCUACAAUUACUUUGAUAAGCUCAGAUCUCACUACAAAGUCCAUUUGCUCGACGACUACAAGUACUUGUGGGGUAACACAAGUGAAUGGUACAACGAGACGAGCCUUCUCAACGGAGGCCGUUCCGUUGAGUUUGAUGGUUAUAUGAGAGUGGCGGUGGACACGGAGGUCCUCUAUAGGUCGAAGAAACGGAUCGAAACGUUCUAUAACUUGACGAGCGAUUGCAAGGAUGGGAUCAACACAUGCUAAAUCGAUCAAUAUGGAAUUUCUUUUGAAUUCCCUAUUCUUUUGUAUGUUGAUGUUGAUUCUCAUGUCACCUCUUGGCCUAUUUACAGUAGUCUGUAUUGGCAUCCAAUAUGGAAACUUGUUCACAACUGUAACUGUGUUACUAUAUCUUAUGCAUUGUGUUACAUACUAUCUCUUCUUGGAAA